AACCAAAGUCCACACUAGUUUUAACAACGCGUUUGCACGAUGAGCAGCAUGGAGCAGAAGGACAAGAAGAUUCUGUGCGUGGGUCUUGUGUGUCUCGACAUCAUCAGCGUGGUUGACAAAUAUCCAGAAGAAGACACUGACAGCAGGUGUGUGUCACAGCGAUGGCAGCGAGGUGGAAACGCUUCCAACUCCUGCACGGUGCUUUCACUGCUGGGCUCCCCCUGCGCCUUCAUGGGCUCUCUGUGUGCUGGACCUGUGGCCAGGUGAGGUCCUCCAACAUUGAAGGUGUCCGUACUCGCUGUCCUCCCACAUGUCUCACCUUCCACUCGACAAAAUCAUUUUCAUCUGUCAUAACCCCCACCUGCACUACUUUUACUUUGGAGGGCAGAGGAGGUGUGAAACAGUUUCCUGUUUAUAGUUUUAUUUUGGAGGACUUUCAGAAGUUGAACGUCGACAUGUCUCUGGUGUCUGAGCAUGCUCAGUGCGUCACGCCAACAUCUUUGGUCAUCAGCAGCAGGAGCACAGGAAGUCGCACCAUCCUGCACAUCAACAGUUUCAUCGUGGAUGACUUCUCGCAGCACGCCAUUGAUAUUUCAGCAGUAGCCUGGCAGGUCAAAGGCCAAACGCCCAGUGCGUGUUGUGUAGUGUGUCCGUCCAGCGGCUCACGCACCAUCGUUCUGUCCGACACGAACGUCCCUGAUGUGACAGCAGAAGACUUUUCCAAAGUGGACCUGCGUCACUUCAAGUGGAUCCACUGGGAGGGGCGCAACGCUGAUGAGCAGCUGAAGAUGAUCCAGCGGGUGGCGCGCUACAACAGCACGUUGCCGCAGCAGCAGCAGCGGAUCACCAUCUCCGUGGAGAUAGAGAAGCCCAGAGAGCCGCUGUACCAGCUGUUUGCUCACGGGGAUGUGGUGUUUGUCAGCAAAGAUGUGGCUCGCCACUUUGGCUUCCAGACGCCUUUGAGUGCUCUAGAAGGACUCCGCUGCCGGGUCAAAGCUGGGGCGGUCCUCAUCUGUGCAUGGGCCGAAAAAGGAGCGGAUGCGUUGGCUCCCGAUGGCUCGUUAGUCCAUUCGGAAGCUUUCCCUCCGGAGCGCCUCGUGGACACGCUUGGAGCGGGGGACACCUUCAACGCCGCCGUCAUCCACAAACUAUCCAAUGGUGCACGUUUAGAGGACGCGCUGACCUUUGGCUGUGCAGUGGCGGGCAGCAAGUGUGGUUUCCAUGGUUACGACGGCGUCGCAGACAUGGCGACCGGCAAAGACUGGAAGCGCGUUGGAUCCGCUGAAGAUAUUUGAUGAACUGGAACUCAUGACUCAUGAACCGAUGACUUCAGUUAUUGAUCAGUGUUUAUCAGUACGUGCUGAUCAAUAAAGUGUGCUGUCAAAAAUUAA